AUGAGCGUGGGCUGGGGCGGGGCCCCUCUGCAGCAGCAGCAGCAGCAGGCCCAGGCGCCGCCGCAACGCUUCAGGCAGCAGCAGCAGGAGGAGGGCAGCUACCAGGGCGGCCCCCACGGCUACGGUCCCGCCGGGCCCGGCUUUCAGCGCGCGCGCAGCGGCGGCGGCAACGCCCGCGGCCGCUCCCCACAGCAGGCAGCCCUGCCGCCGCAUCAGCAACGCCAGAACGCGCACGCGGGCCGCCAGAACACGCACGCGGGCGACCCGCGGCAAAAGAACCAGGGCUACCGCCGCCUGUGGCAGCAAGUCACCCAGGUGGGGCGCGGCCAGCGGCUGGGUGACCACGAGGGCUCCGCCUUCUCCGAGAUGACGGUGGAGGAUCUGCUGGAGGUGGUGCGCCGCCUGCCCCCCGAGGCGUCUGCGGUGAAGGCCAUCGGCCAGGGGCUCUACUACUUUGACAGCGGCGCGCUGGCGGCGCUGCUCAAGGAGCUGAACAAGAGCGGGCACGUGCGGCGCGCGCAGGAGCUCUUUGACUGGCUGCGCGGCCUGGACGACUCCCACGACCUCUACCCGCUGUGCAACACCAUGACCUACACCACCAUGAUCUCGCAGUGCGGCACCCAGCAGCAGCUCCGUCGCGCGCUGGAGCUGGUGGCGGAGAUGCGCAGCCGCGGCAUACAGUGCAACGUCCACACCUACUCCGCCCUCAUGAAUGUGUGCAUCAAGGGCAACGAGCUGGACCUGGCGCUGGAUGUCUAUCGCCAGAUGCUGGCCGAGGGGUGCACCCCCAACCUUGUCACCUACAACACCCUCAUCGACGUGUACGGCAAGACGGGGGCCUGGGAGGAGGCGAUCCGCGUGCUGGACGCGCUGGAGCGGCAGGGCAUCGACCCCGAGAUACGCACCUACAACACGGUCAUCAUCGCGUGCAACAUGAGCGGGCAGGCCCAGGAGGCGCUGCGCAUCUACGAGCGCAUGCUGGCGGCGGGGGCGCAGCCCACCGCCACCACCUACACCGCCCUCAUCUCCGCCUACGGCAAGAACGGGCAGCUGGACCGGGCGCUGCAGAUCUUCCAGGACAUGGUGCGCCGCGGGUGCGAGCGCAACGUCAUCACCUACUCCUCCCUCAUCUCCGCCUGCGAGAAGGCGGGGCGGUGGGAGCUGGCGCUGGAGCUGUUCCGCGAGAUGCACACCGAGGGGUGCCGCCCAAACGUGGUCACCUACAACUCCCUCAUCGCCGCCUGCGCGCAGGGCGCGCAGUGGGAGAAGGCUCAGGAGAUGUUUGAGCAGAUGCAGCACCGCGGGUGCAAGCCCGACGCGGUGACGUUUGGCGGGCUGAUUGCGGCGUACGACCGCGCGGGGCACUGGCGCCGCGCCCUCACCGCCUUUGAGCAGAUGAAGGCGCACAACUGCCGCCCCGACAGCGUCGUGUACAACACCAUCGUGGGCGCGCUCUGGAAGACGGGGCUGGUGUGGGCGCAGAUCUUCACGCCGCCCUGCCGCCAGGAGCACUUCCGCCUCACGGUGCACACGCUAGAUGCCGGCGCGGCCGCCGCCGCCACCGCCGCCGCGUGCGUGGCGCCCGCCUCGGCGCCGCCCUCCACCUCGCCCUCGCCUGCCCCGCUGGAGCUGCCCCCCUGCGCCCCCGCCUCCCACCCCGGCAGCGGCACCACCAGCGGCAGCGGCAGCCGCGCCGCCUCGCCCACCCCCGCCCUGCCCGUGCCGGCCGGCCUGUCGCUGGGCGGCGGCGGCGGCGGCCGCGGCGCCACCCCGGAGCUCCUGUCCCCCGCCUCCUGCACCACGCCCGUGCUGCCAGGCACCCCCGUGUCGGCCCUGCCCGCAGGAGCCUACCCGGGCGGCAGCCCCAGCCCCACAGGCAGCCCGCUGUCGGUGGAAGGCGGCCUGGCGGCGGCCGCAGCCGCCGCCGCCGCCGCCGCCGGCACCGGCGCGGGCACGGUCAUCGAGUUUGGCAUGCACGCCUUCACGGUCGGCUCCGCCGUGCUCAGCCUGCUGCGCUGGGUGGCGGAGCUGCGUGAGCGGCUGCCGCGGGAGCCCAACAAGGACCUCAAGCAGCAGGUGUGCCUGGUUCUGAACAAGGGCAAGCCGAGCCGGGAGCACACGUACCCGGCCAUCCGUGCCGCGCUGCUCAGCCUGCUGCGCGCCUGGCGCUCGCCCUUUGGGCUGGCCGACGUGCAGCAGGGCUGCCGCAUACAGGCCACAGCCUGCGACAUCACCGACUGGCUGCACACCCCCGAGGCCGACCGCGCCCUGGCCGCCUACAACUGCAAGGCGGAGGGCGCAGGGGGGCGCCCGCUGGACAAGGAGGCCUUCUUUGCGGAGGAUGUGGGGGCCGAGGCGCGCUGCGCCGAGGCCUUUGCCGCCGUGCGCCACUUUGAGGGGCGGUACUGCGUGGCGGAUGCCGCGCUGCCGCCCGCCUACCUGGCCGCCCGCCCCGACUGGUUCUCUACGGCUGCCACCUUUGCUGCCGCCUUCCGCCUGAAAGACGAGGUGCUGCACGACGCCAUGCUGCUGCUGGACCGCGCGCUAGCGGCGGGCGGCGAGCAGCUGCUGGGCCUCAACGCCGCCGCGCUGCUGGUGGCCUGCCUCCUCAUCUCCGCGCGCCAAGCCGGCGAGCACCCCGACCGCCUGCCCUCCCCGGCCCAGCUGGAGCAGGCCACGGGCCUGUCUGAGGCGGCUGUGGAGGCCACCCAGACCACGGUGUGCGCCAUGCUGCAGGGAGACACCUCCGCCAUCUCGGCGGUGCGCGUGCUCAAGCUGCUGCUGGAGCGUCUGGGCGCAGACUUCUCGCACGCCCAGGGCCUGCAGGCCACCGCCGGCCCCGCGCUGGCGGUGCUGGGGCGCGCCGCGAGCGAGCCCGCGCUGCGCGCGCUGCGCCCCUCGGCGCUGGCCGCCGCCGUGCUGCUGGCCAGCCGCAAGUCGGCAGGCGUGACGCCCUUCUGGCCCUCCGCCCUGCUGGCGCUGACUGGCUGCACCGAUGCCCAGGGCUCCGAGCUGAGCGCCUCCUGCGACCAGGUGUCAGCAGCCAUGGCCGCCAGCGGGCUGCCCAACUUUGGCUGAGCGGCCCCCCACCUCGCCCACUCGAGAGAGCGUUGCCCGCAUGCAUGCAAGCAUGUGCGGCAGGCCGGCCCCUGCGGGCCGGCCCAAAGAAACAAGGAAAAACCAACCAGCAUGUCAACAAGUGUGGAGCUGCCUCCAUGCCGAGUUUUUGGUCCCAACACACCCACGCACGCGCACACACACACCUUGCCCAAAUGGAGGCACACAUUUUCUUCCGGUCCCGUGUUGCCCUUCCCGUCUUUCUUGCCCCCUGCCUUUUCCACAUCUGGUCUACUUCCGGGCCCAGGCGCUGGCGCCUCCCCGCCCGCGUUUUUAUCUGUUUUUUCCGAUGCCUUGCUUCAGCCCAGGCGCUUCCGCAGUAGCGAGCAGCCCUAUCACUCAUUUGCAUUUGACCACCAAUUUGCUGCAGCCUCCUGGUGUGCUGCCAGCACCGCCCUCCUGCAGUUUUGAAUCCCUCCCUGCUAACCACCACCGUGUCCUCUUAUCCCAUCCAACGAACGAACGAAUGGUCCCCUCGAUUGGUUUCAGGCGCGGGCGUGCGCCCCCCCCCUUGGGGUGUGCGCCGACCAACCCCCCCGCUGCCUCCCUUCCCCCGCCCCACCUCCCCUUUUAGGCGGGGUGGGGGGGGGGGUUGAUGAAUCCAGGCCCUUGCUUAACCACCUCAUCCCUUAAUCGCUUGCGCACUGAUGUUGUUUGAGGCCCACCAGCAUCGCAGCGCCAACCCCAGCUAACACCCACACCCACGUCCCGGGUGGGUGCCGCGCACUGUGCUGCCCCGCCCCACCCCCCCUGCACACCCCCACCCCGCGCUGAGUUGAUGGCUGGCCCAGCGCCAGCCUUGCGUUUUGUUGUCCCUGCCGGGGGCCGCCCGCACCAUGGCGGGCGCGCCCUCAUGUGCCACCGGUUCUGUACCAAGGUGGUCCCGCCUGGUUCCAGUCCAGACCGGCCACCCGCACACUGCCCUGUCCCCCUGCCAUUUUUUGCCCUGCUGUCGCGGGCGCACACCCACACCCAAGCAACAUUUGUUAACUCUCACUCGUCAUUCUUUGAACCCCCCCAGCCCGAGUGCGAAGUGUGAUGGCCACCCCCCCCUAGGCCACUGCGUGUCCUCAUCCCUCCCCAGUUUGUGAGUCUCUUCCUCUGAAGUUUUCCUCAUUUCUCACACGAUUUGAUUUGCCGCCCCAUGCCGCAAAGCCCCUUUAUACGCCCGCUGCCCUUAUCGCCUGGUGCCGCCAGUGCGGGCGCAGGCCGUCUGCAAUAACGUAUCUACGUCUUGAUUUGAAUAGCUGGCUGUAAUUUGCGGCUUGCAA